AUGCACAUGACCACCUCCCCUCCUCGCGAGAGAGGUCGCCGAGGACAUCGAUCUAGUGAAGAAGAAUUCGUGCUCUAUCUACAGGGGAUACCCCAACAUUGCAGAUGGCAAGAACUGAAAGACUUCGUCCGUCAGACUGCGCUCCAUAUCAGACAAGCAGUUGUCUACGAUGACCAACAUGGAUAUCCUACGGGACUAGGUCAGAUUAUAGUCAAAAAUGAAGAUGAGGCAUGGCGAACAUAUCGAAAGCUUUCUACAACGGGAUGGGAUGGCCACCCCUUAACCGUGACUUUGGCCAGAGCAAGUUCUCCUACGAGACCAAUAGCUGGUCCUACGAAAAGUUCGUCGGCCUCGGGUCCUAUAUUGCCGCACGGAGGGAAGGUUGCCAGGAAUUCUGUUGUGAGGACUCCGACGCCGGAAUCGCCUGCUACUACGGAACCCAUCCAAUCACAUUCAAUAGCAACAGGGACCAUAUAUCCUCAGUACAUCACUCCAUGCACGCCAACAAGGCAUAGCCAUGGACACCUCCAGGGGUUCUCGCCAAUGAUGGAGUCGCCGGGAGGGUAUGGGCAUCACCAUCAUCAUACAUCGGCUGGAUGGAACGUGUACCCUGAUGGAUUGGGGAUGCUCACAUUUCCAUCUCCAGCGAUAACAAUGUUCCCUCCCCCGCCGAUGGAGCAACAGCAGAUCGAAUAUCCGUAUUAUUUCCCUUAUUCACAUCCAAUGCAAAUCCCAGUACGCGGCCAGCCGAUGUACACAGAGACGAGGUAUCCUGAUUAUCACCAGCAGCAGGGAGGGCCCUCUGCUUUUUUCAGUCAGUUUCCGCCGGCUCCCAGCCAGUAUUAUUAUCAUCACCAACAACAGGGGUACCACGUCUACGGCUAUGAGUCACGAAAACCUAGCUUCCAUUCUAGUAGCACAUCUGAAAUAUAUCCAAACACUGCAGCAGCACCAUAUAGCAACGAAGGAGGCAUAAACCCACACCAAGCACUACCCCAAGGCAUACGCCAUAUUAUAAUCGACAACAUUUGCCCCGGCGUCGACAUACAAACACUCCAAGAUCAUUUCCGAGACGCCGGGCACAUGCUACACUGCCAGAUUAUCCGCGACAACGAAAACGGCCACGAAGCUCGCUGUAACGAGCUCAGCUAUCCCGGCCAGUGCUACGCAACAGCCACAUUCUCAACGGCCGAAGAAGCCGAGAGGGCGGUGGGCAUGUAUAACGGUUCUGAUCUAGGUGGAAGUCGGGUUGUGGUUCGGUUGGAUACGGAGUAUGAUCCUUCUACCGCUGAGGAUUCGAAUGUAAAUGGUGAUGGAGGAGGUGGUGAGAGUGACUGGUCGAGAUCACAGUCAUAUUCAUUGUCGUUUACGGCUUCGUCAAAUCCGCUGUUAGCGUCAUCUGUGUCGUCGUCGACGGCUACGACUUUGGGGACAUUUUCAGCGUAUUCUGGAUCGCCAAACUCGCAAUCAUCGAGCAUUCCAGCUACGAACAAGACAUACCAGUGCCACAGCCAUCAGCAACAUCGCGAUAGAAGAGAUUCUGGAAAGGAGAUAUUCAAAACUAAUAACCACCCCUUCCUUCCUUCUCAAAGUGCUGAGUCGUCAUAUUGUGUGGACGACGCCUCUUCGCGGUCCGUAUCACCCACGUCCAGCACCCGGGCAGGCAACACAGAAGAGAAACCGAGAAUGACGGCCAUGAUGCAGCCGUUGGUGGUUAAUGGGUCCGGUCCAGUAGGCAGGGCUAAAAUGUGA